UCCUCUUCUAGCCCAGCCUCUUGAAUUCCACACUUACAAUGAUUCUAAGCCUAGUGGUGAUUUGGGGAGUCGUCAUUUGGCUUUUUUGCUGCUUGUGGCUGAUUCUGGGGAUCCGCAGAAGGCGUCCAGGAGAGCCCCCGGUAGAGAGUGGUCUCAUUCCCUACCUUGGCUGUGCCCUCCAGUUUGGUGCCAACCCACUCGAGUUCCUUCGGAGCCGACAGAAGAAGUAUGGGCACAUCUUCACAUGCAAAAUCGCAGGCCAAUAUGUUCAUUUCCUCACAGACCCUUUCUCAUACCACGCUGUGAUCCGCCAGGGUAGGCAUCUGGACUGGAAGAAAUUUCACUUUGCUGCCUCUGCCAAGGCUUUUGGGCAUGAAAGCAUGGAUCCAAAUGAUGGCUUUACCACAGAAAACUUGCACCAGACGUUUAUCAAGACACUGCAGGGGGAUGCUUUGCAAUCUCUGGUUGAGAACAUGAUGGAAAACCUCCAGUGUGUCAUGCUGCAGUCAAGCACACUGAAAAUGAACUCAAACGACUGGGUCACAGACGGGAUCUUUGCCUUCUGCUACAAGGUGAUGUUUGAGGCUGGCUAUUUGACGCUGUUUGGCAAAGAGCUCAAUCCUCAAGAAGACAAGAACCUUGCCCGACAGGAGGCUCAGAAGGCACUGGUACUGAACGCCCUUGAAAAUUUCAAAGAGUUUGACAAGAUCUUCCCAGCUCUUGUUGCCGGUCUGCCCAUCCAUGUUUUCAAGAGCGCUCACAGUGCAAGAGAGAACCUGGCGAAGACCCUCCUUCAUGAAAACCUCAGCAAAAGGACGAAUAUGUCUGAUUUAAUUUCUCUCAGAAUGAUUCUGAAUGACACCUUGUCCACCUUCAAUGAUAUGAGUAAAGCCCGAACCCAUGUAGCCCUGCUGUGGGCAUCACAAGCCAACACAUUGCCAGCCACGUUCUGGACUCUGUUCUAUCUCAUCAGGUGUCCUAAAGCAAUGAAAUCUGCAAGUGAUGAAGUGAAGAGAAUACUGGAGGAUUCUGGCCAGAGAGCAAGCGUGGAUGGCACCCAUAUAUGUUUAAACAGGACACAACUAGAUAACAUGCCUGUAUUGGACUGCAUCAUCAAAGAAUCGAUGAGGCUAUCCAGUGCAUCCCUUAAUGUCAGAAUUGCCAAAAACAACUUUCAGCUGCACUUGGAUAACAAUGAAUCCUACAGCAUCCGGAAAGAUGAUGCGAUAGCCCUUUACCCACAGCUACUGCACCUUGAUCCAGAAAUUUAUGAAGAUCCACUGACAUUUAAAUAUGACAGAUACCUGGAUGAAAAUGGACAAGAGAAAACAUCCUUUUGCAGAAAUGGUCGCAAACUAAGACAUUAUUACAUGCCUUUUGGAUCUGGAGUGACAAAAUGUCCUGGAAGGUUUUUUGCUGUUCAUGAAAUCAAGCAGUUCCUGUCUACGUUGCUUUCCUACUUUGACAUGGAGCUUUUAGAUCCAAAUGAGAAAAUCCCUCCAUUGGAUCAGUCUCGUGCCGGACUGGGUAUUUUACAGCCUACAUACGAUGUCGAUUUUAGGUACAGACUGAAGGGUUUAUAAAAAAGUGCUUGUUUAUUUCUGAAAUGCAAGUGUAAAUACUGUAUAUUAUGCUCAUAACUGA